AUGCCCAAUUCAAAGCUGAAAAUCUUCGUGAUCAACAUGGCUAAAGAACCAACCACCCCCAAGAAAGCUAUCAAGCCAGUCAAAGCAGGUAUUUUAAAACGGACCCCUGUCAAGGUCUCCCCUGCGAAAACCUCGUCCACUGCUGCCGACAAAGAGCUUGUGUUCCUGUGGAAGUGUGUCAAAAUGUCCAGCGGCAUGAAGAUCGAUUGGUCUGCCAUUGCCACAGAUGCUGGCAAGUCGGUUAACACUGUUCAGAAGCAGUGGUCCCGUCUUAAUAUCAAAAUGGAGAAGAUAGUUUCGGCCGCUACCGCCAAUGACUCUGACAAGGACGUCGACGAGGACAGUGACGGUGACCUGGUCGCCGCAUCCAAUGACUCUGAGUAG